UAGAAAUUGUACUAGGUUCUUUUAAAAUGCCCCCUUUAGAAGAGAUCGCAGCCGAAAAUAAAAAUACGAUAAUUGUCAAUGCCUCAAAACAAGAAGUGUUCAAACUGAAUGAAAAUUACAAGAUCUUUCAAAGAAAACUGAAACUGUACUCGAAGGUAUUGAUAAACAAAGAGGAGAUAACACCUCAGAUUUUGCAAAACUGUUCACUUAUAGUGUUACCUGGAUCACAGAUGCCCUUUGAAGAAAACGAGAUAAACACCCUGAAGAACUUUAUAAACAGUGGAGGACGAAUUUUAAUUUUCUUAACAGAGGGCAACCCAAGUGAUACUUGCAAUAUUAAUAUCCUCCUGGAGAUAUUUGGAAUCAUACCAAACAUCGACAGCUUGAUUCGUACCCAUUACUAUAAAUAUUUUCACCCAAAAGAAUGUUUUAUUGCGGAUAGUCAGAUAAAUUCCUCAUUAAACAAAGAAAAAAUCAAUAUACAACUUGUGUAUCCAUUUGGUUGUACGAUGAGUGUAAAUAAACCUAGUGUGGUUGCAUUUACUAGUGGAUCAGCAUCUUUUCCUGUUGAUAGACCGCUAGGAGCUCUGUACUACGAUGACAAAAGUAAUGGUCGAUUAGCUGCAAUUGGUUCUGGCUACUUGUUCUCAGAUAAAUACAUUGACCAAGAAAAUAACGAUAAACUGAGGGAAAUGCUGAUGGAAUUCCUAAUUAGUCAAGAACGUGUACACUUUGCUCCUUCAGAUCAUGACGAUAUUGAUUUAAUAGACCACCAUAUUGUCCCUGAAACAGCAGAAUUAGCCGAAAGACCUAAGCUAUGUUUAACAGAUGCUAUCAGCCAAACUGCUUUCAUUGACUAUACACAGUUGUUCGAUCACAAGAUGUAUUCAAUGAACACUAACUAUGUCCCCGAAGCUUUGAAGUUAUAUGAUGAACUAGGUGUGAAACACCAGGCUUUGAAGAUAAUUACUCCUAAAUUUGAAGCACCAUAUCCUCCAUUGCAACCGGCAGUUUUCCCACCUUCAUUUCGAGAUCUGUCACCACCAGCUCUAGAAUUAUUUGAUUUGGAUGAUGCAUUCAGUUCAGUAUUUUCAAAUUUAGCUCAAUUCACUAAUAAGUAUAUGAUGAAUGGGACCUCUGGGGAGGAAAAAGAGGAUAAAGAUCUCGAAUUUUACAUAACAGAAUGUGCAAAAAUCGUAAACAUAGAAGUAACAAAUACUAAGGACAUUUUGUAUGAAAUUGGUUCGGCCAUAGCAAAAUUUAAAAGUAUUGACACUAUUAAGUGAUUGUUAAGUCUUUAUCUGUUUUAACACGGACACU